UACGUUAUAUAUACAUAUUGGAUGAGUUGAUCAAUUCCCUUAUGUUCCUGUUCCUGAGUCAACAACCAAAGAGAAGAAGAUCAUAAGACUAGAGUGUCAAUUGUUGGAGAAAAAAUGGGUAUGAAGGUAUUGAGAUGGUUGUCUCCUCUGUUUCUUGUUUUGUCCAUUGGGUUUGUUUUUGUUUUCAUCUCAGCACCAGGAGCUCAUGCCUGGAGCAAAGAGGGCCAUAUCAUGACCUGCCGCAUAGCACAGUCUCUUCUAGAUCCAGCAGCAUCAGAGGUUGUUCGUCAUUUACUACCUGAAAAUGUUGAUGGAGACUUGUCAUCCUUAUGUACAUGGCCGGAUCAAAUUCGUCACUGGUACAAAUACCGGUGGUCUAGCCCCCUUCACUUCAUUGACACUCCUGAUCAAGCUUGCUCCUUUGAUUAUUCCAGGGAUUGUCACGACCAACAUGGAUUGAAGGAUAUGUGUGUUGCUGGUGCUGUUCAGAAUUUUACAUCUCAGUUGGCUCAUUACAAAGAAGGAUCAUCUGACCGUCGCCGUAAGGGAACCGGCCCUUAUAAUAUGACUGAGGCCUUAAUAUUCUUGGCACACUUCAUGGGAGAUGUCCAUCAGCCGAUGCAUGUUGGAUUCACAAGUGAUGAAGGUGGGAACACCAUUGACUUACGUUGGUUCAGGCACAAGUCUAACCUUCACCAUGUCUGGGACAGAGAGAUCAUACUUACUGCUGAAAAGGAAUUAUAUAAUAAUGAUAUGGACCUGUUCCAAGAAGACAUACAGAAUAACUUCACCCAUGGAGUCUGGUCAGAUGACCUUUCAUCUUGGACAAAUUGUGAUGAUCUGUCAGCUUGUCCAACCAAGUGGGCUGCAGAGAGCAUAGACUUGGCAUGCAAAUGGGGUUACAAGGGUAUUACGGCUGGUGAAACUUUAUCUGAUGAGUAUUUCAAUUCUAGAUUUCCAAUUGUUGCCAAAAGGAUAGCACAGGGUGGAGUGAGGUUAUCCAUGAUUUUGAACCGGGUGUUUGGACACCAGCCAAACCACCACCACCAUCGUCAAGAAGUCCUGGCAACAACUUGAGCAUCGCAGCUCCUUAUCCCAUCAGCUUUCCUUCCUCAAUUUAUUAUUUUAAUUAUCUUAGUGUGCCAUGUGGCAAUUGUUAUAGGACUGACCAGGAAUGACCAGGAAUCCAUUUACCUAGCCUUUUUUUUUUUUUUUUUCGUAAAAGAGAGUCUAUUCAUUAUUGCGUGAAAAAACGCAUGGAGUCACAAUUACAAAUUUGGACUAGCCAUGGAGUGAGUGGAUAAGUGCCAACUUGUCAUACACGUAGAUGACACGGUUUUUCUGACCAUAUUGAGGGACCUUGGAAGAAAAGAGAAAAAGCAGCUUCCAAAGUAAGUGGAGAGAUGCUGAAUAUCUCUAACCAUAGGUAGAACAUCCAAUGGAGGGUUAGAGUUUGCCUUUGUGGGAUAAGAAAUGAGCUCUUUGGAAUUUGAUUCAAUGAAGAUGUGAUCACAACAUUCUGCUAGCGU